GCUGCGUACUCUCUCAUACCUACUUCAAGAUAAGGAAGGUAGUGUCUAUAUGCUGUCUGUCGAAUAAAGAUGUGGUUCGAUUGCUGAAGCGGCCUGGCCCGUUACACCGUUGCUCCCUCUGACAGGGCCCUUGUUUCACACCACGAUGACCCCACUCCCCCGCGCCCCACCUCUCCAACCUCAACAUCUUCAACUUGGCACGUGCGCGGGCUUGUUUCCACAUCCAUCUCAUCCCGACCGACACGCCGGAAAAGCGGACGAACACUUGUGCUUGACUUUUGGAUAUCAGGGCCAACUGUCGCUCGGUUGAGUCCAGAUCACGAGCCCGGCGACAGUUUUAUUUGCUACCUAACAACAGCCCGAGGUGCGUCUCAGCUAGAGAACUUGUGCAGAAAUGACAUUUGGGAAGCCAUCAUAGGUAGACACAUCAGUGUCAUCGCCGCUGUCGCCGCCGCCGCCGCCGCUGCGAUCCUGUGUGGUUUUUCAAAGCGUCGCCGUAAAUCAACGUGGACUAGUCUAGGCCCCCUCCUUUUUCUUCUAGGUCACACGAACGUUGGCCUUUCGGAUUUCACCCUGUGCUCUGCCAUCGUCAUCUGUCCACCCUGGUUGCGGCCUUUGUCAUGGUCGUCGCAUCUUCGUGGCUGAUGUGGCCGACACAGCGCUGAAUCUUCCCCAGACUUGCGAUCUUCGAGUUGAGACUAUACCCAAACUCAAACGCUAAUACACCCGUGUCUUGUGUCGCUACAGCGUCCUCGCACCUCGAUAUCGUCUGAUCUACUGGGCUUCUUUGGUCUGGUCUCCCACCACCACCACCGCAUUUCUCUCCUCCUCCCCAAGCCAUCUCUCACACCAAGGCCGAACGAAUGUAGACAGAUUCUCCGAACCUUACCCUUUUUGACUAUCAAACCAGCCCUUUGCCACUUCUUUCUUCUGGCACCCUGUUUCAAGAGCACUAUGCGGCCAGUUGACCUCGCCCUCCGCUCUGUCCUGGGCCAUAUUCAGGCUCGCCGUCUCUUCUCCUCUCUUCGGCCACAACGAUGGAUCCAAGAGGUCUCACCUGUCUUUCGGGCACACAUGUUGAGCUCGGAGGCCUGAUAUAACAUAUCCCCUCAAGCCACCUCCGUCGCUAGGUUCUCAUUUUGUGAUUUCCUUGUCUUGUGUGUAGUUACCAAGUCUCGAUCCUUCUUUGUUUAUUUUCUUCCCACUUUUCUUUGAUCCACUUGCCGGCUAGGUCUGGACAGAUCACGUUGAGCGUGGAUCUAAUCCUACUUUCGUUCUCUUCAUACAUUCGUUUUUAGGCAGCUGGUUUGUAUCGUUCUUUGACCUUGCCAGUCUGGCACCAUGGCUUUCAAUAGAUUUUUCUGGGUCUCCUCGCUUAUUUCGCUGGCCCUUGCUCAAGCGCAGAAUAACAACCAAGGAGGUGCCACAUUAGACCCAGAAGUCAUUCAACAAGGCUCUUUUGUCGAUGGCAAGAGCUCUUUGGGUGCCGAGGAUGUUCAGGCAGCCUCAGCAACCUCCCAAAACAACUUCAUCAACUUUUGCAAGGGGCAAACACUUACCAACGGUUUCCAAAUCACGACCGGUUCUUGUAACGGCAUUGUGAUGGGUCAAAUUCCUGCUAAAGACCGAAUGAUCUCCACCGUCAUUACAAACCCAGCGAACGGUGCCACCAUUCCGUCUAAUCAAGACUUUGAGAUUGUUGUUCAAGUUACCAACCUCAAUGCCGGAGCCUUUACGAACGCUGCUGUCACCUACUAUUCCGCACCCCAGCAGUUGGAUAACGGCAAUAUAGUGGGACAUACUCAUGUAACCGUACAAGACACGGGUGCCGAUCUGAACCCUCAACAACCAAUGGACCCGCAACAGUUUGCCUUUUUCAAAGGUAUCAACGACGCCGGUAACGGCCAGGGCAGACUUAGCGCUACGGUGACCGGUGGCCUUCCGGCGGGAAACUACCGUGUCUGCACCCUGACAGCUGCAGCCAACCACCAACCAGUCAUCAUGCCUGUCGCCCAGCGCGGAUCACAAGAUGACUGUGUUAGAUUCACCGUUACUGGUGACGGAAACACUCCGAACGAAGCCGCCAACAAUGGCGCAAAGGGUCAGGCAGCAGCAGCUCUGGUUGCUGAUGCUAUUGCCCUCGGCCCCGGCGCCCCUAAUCCGGGUGGCAAUAAUGCAGGAGGGAAUGGUCAAGGAAACGGACAAGGCAACGGGCAAGGCAACGGGCAAGGCAACGUGCAGGGUAAUGGGCAGGGUAAUGGGCAGGGUAAUGGGCAGGGUAAUGGGCAGGGUAAUGGGCAAGGUAACGGGCAAGGUAACGGGCAGGGUAACGGGCAGGGUAACGGGCAGGGCAACGGGCAGGGCAACGGGCAAGGGAAUGAGCAGGGUAACGGGCAGGAAAAUGGGCAAGGAAAUGCCGGAAACCCUGCUGGCGGUGAUGCUGCUGCCGGAAAUCCAGCCGGUGGUGAUGCUGCUGGCGGGAAUCCUGCCGGUGGUGAUGCUGUUGCCGGGAAUCCUGCCGGUGUUGGUGCUGCUGGUGGUAAUGGUGGCGGCGGGAACGCGGCCGGCAACAAUAAUGCAAAUGCUGGCAACAACAAGCAAGCAGAUGGCCAGAAUAGGGAGGGCAACGGAAAAGGGAAGGCCAACGGCAAUGAUAAGGCCCAACAAGAACAAACAGGACAGGAAGGCCCAGCACUUGAUCCUGCAGCGGCACCUACCCCUCCUGCGGCAGCUCGUCUUGCCCGUCUUGCUCGCCGUCGGAGAUUCAUCGCAUAAACGCCACGCUUAAGUAUGGCUAUCAGGUAGGUAGCCAUAUCGUAUAUACACCCUCACUCCCUGGUGGAAUGGCAACGACGCCUGUUCAUCUCAAAUCCGCAUGUGCUUGCAGAUAGCUGUUGAUAUGACGGAGAGAGGAAGUUGGUGUGGAAUAGGGGGAGGUAAUAACGAUUCAAUUUUAUAAUAUAGAGGGUUAGGG